AAGCCCAGGGGCAGAGUGACCAUUUGGAAACUCGGGCACUGUCCGAGGGCCCGGGGUCAGUAGGGGGGCCCCAUGAGAUGCCCCUGGUACCUUUUUCAUAGGCUUUUUUGAGUUUGGGCAAUGACACAGGGGCCCCAUGAUCCCCUAUUGCCCGGGGGCUCCAUGAGUUGUCAGUCUGCCCCUGCAACCCGCCCCUGCUCAGAUGCUAGCACAGGCCCCUCUAACUCUAUUUCCCAGAACUCCCUAAGUUUCUGGACACAUCAG